AUGAUACUUACCUUGCUGGCUCCUGCUCCAGCAUGGGCUCGCUCCCUCCCUCUCCCAUCUACAGCCAGCAUACCUGGCUGCAGCAGCACCAUCUGCAUGCUACAGACACUUACCUGUCAGCUGUCUUCCUUCUCCGGCCGCACCCUUGCUCGAUCUUCUUUGAUCUUCUCGCUGCUGCUCGGCUCCUCCUCCUCGCCAGUGAUUGGCCGCCUGUGUGCCUAUCCUGAGCUACAGUUUCGGCGGCCAAUCACUGGCAAGGAGGCGGAGCUGUUGAGUGAUCCCGGGGAUGUGGCCAGAUGACAGGGGCAGCAUGUCAUCCCGCGCACACAUCGCGACGGAUAGAGGAGCGGUGUCUCGGUUCCUAA